CUAUUAAUAAAUUUGGUCGUGUAGUCAGGCGGUAUUUGGUCGAAGUGGGUGUAGGCCGAUAUUGCAAGAUUGUAAUCGUCAUUGGAUCGUCGAUGCGCGAAGGGCGGUGUUCGCCCUGGGGGUGAGAAAGUGUGGUCAUAGUAAUCGGGUUAAAAAUCGGGAUUUGCAAGAGUGAAGACAGUUGUGGUUUCAGUAAUCAAUUUAAUUUCCGUAUUUCGGGUCGAUUAUCGAACGGUCUCUCCAGGUCGCACAUGCGCUCGGGGCGCCUCCCAGUAGAGUCGUUAGUGAAGUGCUGGAAGCCGUAAUCCCCAUGUCGCGGGCCGAUACAUAUCACCUGCUAAUCCGCCUCUACCAUUAUGAGUGACUCGCAUGAGGUCCCGUCAGGUGUGAGCAAGUUCUGUGCAAAAGGACCCUUCGUGCGUUCGCGCCCCCUUCAGGCUUCAACCUGGCUCCAGAGGUGCCCAGCAGUCUCCAGACGACAUCUCGGGCUAGUGCGCUUUCAAGGUCGAACAGCGGCGGCGAGGAGAAAACCCAUUCCGACAUUCACUCCUCACUGGACACCAUCCACCUCAGGUCUCGGCCUGCCUCGCUGGUGGACGAAGGACUCCUCCUCUCCUAUGGCCAAAGGAACGCCUUCAGGAACGAGUGCAAGGACUACGAGUCCUUUUCCUCACGGCACUACUCGCAUCUCGACGAACACGCCUGGAGAUACAGACACCAAAUUCCGUCCGAACAUUACCAACCAGACUAUGGACAGUGUGAUGAGUUCAGAACUCGAUACCCAUUCCGCGAACCUGAAACGAAUCGCCUUGACUACCUCUCGUUGUCGCUUUCUCCGCCGACGAGGCAGAAGGAGUCCUUCUAUGCUCACGAAUCUUCCGCUUUCCAUAUAACAACAAAUUACCACAAAACCACGCCAUCGAAAAAUGUAGAAGAUAUGAACGAAGAUGACUUGAACCGGAUUGUCGCAAGUGAGAAUAACUGCAGUUCGUCCCAAGAAGACCCCACGAGCUACGACAUCGGUGGUUACAUGCCCAUCGCCGAAGGCGACAACUUGGACGACAAGUACGAAGUCUGUCGGAAAUUGGGCUACGGGCAGUUUUCCACAGUCUGGCUUUGUCAAAAUAAACUAAAUGACGAGUUUGUGGCCAUCAAAGUGUCCAAGUCCCAGUCAAAACUACGAGCGCUGGCCCAAGACGAAAUAAAAUUGCUAGAUUGCGCGAUUUUGGCAAACCCUGAUCACGCCGGUUAUAAGAAUAUAGUACAAAUGUUUGACUUUUUUUCUUGUCAAAGUGUUAAUGGCAAUCACACUGCCAUUGUCUUAGAAGUGAUGGGACCAUCAUUACUACAUUUAAUAAAACAAAGCGAAUAUAGAGGCAUUCAACUUCCGGGAGUUCGGCGAAUAAUAAAACAAGUCCUGCAAGGUCUACAAUAUCUUCACGAGGAGUGCGGCAUAAUCCAUACCGACUUAAAGCCGGAAAAUAUCCUAAUUAAGGCCAAAGAACCGUACAUUCGUCAAAUGGUAAACACUGCGAAAAGAUUCAGCGAAUUAGGGAUCAUUCCUCCGAAAACAUACGUUACGUCAAACCGUUGGAGCGACGUGCAGCCUUACAGCAAGGACCUCGAGGAGUACGAAAGAGCCCAGCUCUUGCGCACGCGGUCUUACCCUCAGGACCCGUUCCUGUCCGAGAUAGUGAGUUUCAGGAGGAAGCACGCUGAGCCUAAACUGAAGGGACCAAUGUGGAUCGACGCAAAUAUCGAGGUCAAGAUCGGCGACAUGGGAAAUGCGACCUGGGUUAACAACAAGUACAACUCGACCAUCCAGACCCGGCAAUACCGCGCGUUGGAGGUGAUCCUGGACGCGGGCUACGACUGUCCCGCCGACGUCUGGUCUGUGGGCUGCCUGGCGUUCGAGUUGGCCACGGGCGAGUUCCUGUUCUACCCCAAGAUGUAUAAUAACUUCUCGUUGGAUGUGGACCACAUUACUUUAAUUUGGGAGGUGCUCGGGGGCAUUCCCACGUAUAUAACCAAGAGGGGUUCCAAAGCCGACACGUUCUUCUCCAACGGCAAACUGAAGCACAUAGAAGAGAGCGAGCUGAAGAUUUGGAAGAUUGAGGACGUGCUUGUCGACAAGUACAAGUGGAAGCGUCUCGAUGCGAUUCCGUUUGCCGGCUUCAUUGAGUAUUUAAUCGAACCUGACCCAAGUUUGAGAUAUACUGCUUCAGCGGCACUCAGCUGCGAAUGGAUUAAUGAACAAUGAUUUAUUCCAAUCAUGUAUCUUUACUGUUAGAAGACUGAUCAUUUUCGUUCGAUUUCGUUUCUAGUUUUGUUGUAUUCUGUCAUUUGUAAUAAAAGUUCAAAAUAU